AUGGCUUCCCUUCUUUCAACUUCAUCAGCUCCUGUGGUCACCCUUCCUCACAGUGCUGCUCCCAGAGCCAAAUGCACCAUAAGGCAAAUUGGUUUCUCUGCAGUUUGUGCGGUCGGGGGACUAAUAUUUGUGCCUAAGAUCCAAAUCUCAAAGGCAGCAACAAGAUCAUAUCAACCAUCUCGUUGCUCCAAGACAACAAUUUCAUGCUCCAUUGCUCAACCAGAAACUCUGCAGAUUGUCCAGAGCACAAUUGCAAAGCAACUGUCCAUCGAUGAAAGCACAGUGAACCCCCAAACCAAAUUUGCUGAUUUGGGGGCUGACUCUCUCGAUACUGUUGAGAUAAUGAUGGCUUUGGAAGAAAAGUUUAGCGUGUCGAUUGGAGAAGGAGGAGCUGAGAAUAUUGCAACAGUUCAAGACGCCGCUGAUCUGAUUGAGAAAGUGAAGGCAGCUGCAGCCUAG